CUCUCGCGGCCUCACGCCUCAGAAGGACGUUCCGGGAUGUUCCAGGUGUUCGCCAGCGCUCUGUUCAGGGACGACGUGGAAGAGCUGAGCCAAUGCAGCCGACCUGGAGACGACAAGCGGGAGGAGGAGGAGGAGGAAGACGAAGACUGGAUCCUGGUUAACUAUCUGACUGACGCCUGCUCUAGUCAUUGUGCCGACGGCCUUUCUGGAUCCAGGCUCAGCCCUGAAGAUGAAGACGAGGAGGAGGAGGAUCUGGUGAUGAUCCCCUCCCCUACGGCCAGUCCUGCCAUCCGCUAUCCCUCCUGCACCUCCCUGAACUCCGUGGCUGACACCGACCCCGAUGGGGGCGUCGACGAAUACGUGGACGACGAGGAGGGCGGCUUCCUGCGUCUGGACGCCUGCUCCCUGGAGGAGAGCUGGUUCGUCACCCCGCCGCCCUGCUUCACCGGCCGCGGCAGCCAGCCGGUCCUCCUGGAGACCAGCCCUCUGGAGAACCUGCUGAUCGAGCACCCCAGCAUGUCCGUGUACGCCCACCACAGCCCGCCCCGACUGAUGCUCAACCCGCUCCCGCAACACUCUCUUGAAGGAAAACUGGACUUUUUGUCCAGCGCUCGUCCCUCUGAUCGGAAAACGUCCAGAGGAAAGGAAAAGGUCAGAUGCACAAUUGAAGGAUCUCGACACAGGCAGGAGGUAGCAGCCGCUCAACGCCGCCCCAACCUCCACUCUCCCUGCUAUGCUGCAACGCUCUCCCCCAACGCCGGCUUCCUGCAGCAGCAGCAGCGACCAGGUAACGCUGCCCAGCGCUCCCAGCCUCUCUCCCGCAAAGCCCUGCGACGCCACAACCUUCUGCGCCCCCCAAAGACCGGCACCAUGCACCUUCACCAGCCGAUCCAGAGGCACCUCAACUUCUGAGGCGUUCACCGUCACUGUCAGCACAGUAUGGAACCGGAACACUAGUCACCCACCAACCUUUAUGCUUUUUGUCUUCUCAUUAACAAACACCAGCAAACAGCUAGUUACAAUAACCCAACGAUGAGCCGCCUGAUUGGUUCUGAAAUCUGACCGGACAGUGAAAUAGGGAAUUUCUGUUUCACAGAAAAUUUGCUCUGCCAUCCUCCGCUCAUCACCCCUCUUGUGUCAAUCACAAAAAGGAGAAAUCCUCUUUUUUUUUUCCUUCACGGACGACUUCACAUGUGGAAUCAAUGCUGUAGGUCACUUUACUCAGCGGCAGGUUCACGGCGUGGCAGCAUGGUCCAGUGGCCUGAAAAAUUCAGAACCUAAAUCACUUGAAUGUGUACAGAGCAGCAGUACAAUGUUUCUACGUAAAAAUAAUCCAGCUUCAAGUGCAGACUAUGAACACGGGUUUAAUGCAAACACCCCUCAAAUAAUUUGUCUAAGGAAUCCUUGAUUUCUGAAGCUUCUGCUCUUAUUUUUCUGGAGAACUCAGUACAUUCACUUGAUUAUCAUGAGCUUUUGUUUGAAACUCCUUUCGAAGUGCAAUACUUUUUAGACUCGCUUGGUUGUCAGUCCGAAGACUCACUCACUCACGCUUUGGACUUCUUGUUGAACAGCCUUAACAAGACGUUUACUGUAGAUCCAGUUACAAGUUCAAACAGUAACCAAACCGUUUUCCCAGGUUGAGCCGAGUGUCGUCGCUGAAGACUGACAUAAAAAUGGUUUCAGAAAAUUGGCUCUCUGAGUACUGUAGUUUUUACUCUUCGUUUUUACCUCCUGUAAAUUGAUGUUAUAUAUGUUUUUUAUUUUAUUCAAAUGUUAAAUUCUUUGUUAAAUCAUAAAAGCCACUGUUACAAUUCAAAUCUCAGCCUCAUAUAAACGACAUUUCAUUCUGUCCUCAACAAAUCCCCUUUUUUUGUACUGAAAGCUUCCUGUAGCGCCACUGAACCUGCCUCUGACUUUUUAAUUCAGUACUUUUCACGGUUUCUUCAUUUUGAGAAAAAAAAAAAUAUGGGUUAAACAUCACUAAACUCGUGUUUUAUGGUAGCUUUGAGAUGUAAAAGAUGUAAGUAAAAUGUAUGAAAAAAACAAAACAAAAGAAAACAAAAAAAAAGUCCAAAAUAUUUUUUUGAAAGAAAAAAACAAAUGACAUAUCAGUAUGAAGUUAUACACGUUAAUGGAUUCUUGCCUAGGUAUGUUUGGUUUUUUGUUAGUGUGCACUUUGUUGCAUGGUUGUAGAGUUGUUUUGUGAUGGUUGAAAAAAGAAAUGAAAAAAGGACUUUUAUUAUUAUUGUUUUCUUGUAUCUGUUCUGAAAUGAAUCUGCAGUCCACUUCUCAGGGUCACAACUAAUCACCUUUACACUUUAGGAAAAUGCAGAUCUACUUGACAGCUGUUGAUUUGUUUUCACGCUUGGACAUUUCCAGCUCUUCUUGCCGGGCGCUCCCUCCUAAAUUCGUUUUGUUUCUGAAAUGCUUCACAGUUGAAUGUUGGGAAUCCAUCAAAGAAGCAGAGAUUCUUUCAGUCUUUUUUAUCCUAACAUGGUUUGUACUAAUUGUUUUGUUUUCUUUGCUAAACUAGUUACAUUUUGUUAAACGGAUGUUUAAACCAAAAAAAAAGUAGAUUUGUUUUUUUACACUAGUGUGUUAUACCUUUGUUAUUUUUUUGUGUUAUUUUAGAGUUGAUCUUGGCCUUUGAGCUCUGAAAUAGUAGUCUUAUAAAAAUGUCUGCUAUGGGAAAAGUGGAGCCUAAGCCAGGUCACCACACUGCAGAAAUAUUCAAUCAUACUAAAUGACUGAAUGAGGAGCAUUACUGCUGGGAAAGAGGAAAUAAACAUCUAGUAAGAAUUCUGAUGUAUGAAAGUUAAUUUUUUUUAUGUUUUUCUUGAGAAUCAUAAGAUCUUUUAACGUUUUUACUCCUAGAUUCAAUACUUUUUUGUGUUAGCUUUGAAUUUCUCAAGAAAAAAAA